ACGGCGCUGCUGCACCCCUUCACGGGCGCGUCGGAGAGCCUGCCCGCGUUGCCGCCAUCCUUCCACGACGGGUAUCAGAUGAUCCUCCGUGACAUGGUCUGGGACCGGUCGCCUGACGCCGUCAUGGUCUCGCAGGGUAAGGGCGCGUUCUUCUGCCGGCUGCAGGGCGACGGCAGGUCGUGGACCCCCGCCGACCUCUCGCCGCCAGCUCGCGUCGGCAGCAUCACCUACUGCGACGGCGCGUUCUACCUCCUCGACAAGCGCGCCAACAAGGUAACGGCCGUGGACGGCGCGACCUUCGCCGUGGUCGCCGCGAUCGAGCCGCCAGAUCUGGUGAUGCCCGACCGCUCGUGGGUGCGCGAGUCCACGCUCGUCGUGUCGUCCGCUUCCGAGCUCCUCCUCGUCGUGCACGGAGGAUGCCACCGCUCGAAGGGCCUCUUCAAGGCCUUUCGCGCGGACCGCGGGAACCUGGCGGCCGGGUGGUCGGAGGUCGGCGGCGGCGGGCUCGGCGACCGCGCCGUGUUCGUGGACCACGUCCGCGGAUUCUGCGUGGAGGCGAACGGGGUGAACGGGGUGCGGAGGAACUGCGUGUACGUGGCCAGCGCGCACGAGGAGGCCAACGCCAACUCCGGGUGGGGCGACUGGGGGAGGUAUACCGUCUCCAUGCUCGACCUCGACGGCCUCACCACGUCCCAGAACGGCAACCUCUUGAAAUGCCUGCACGGUAGGCAGCGCCCUUCCUGGUCGAUGCCAAAUCUGCAUUGACCUUGCUCCUCCAAACGAAAAAAACUACGUGUGCGAGUUGAUCGCAUUGAGGUUGGUUGCAGUAAUAAGCAGAGCUGCCAGUUCGUCUACUAUUCUAGUUUUAACUUGCGCUACUUUGUCGGGCUUGUUUUAUUCUACGAGAAGUGAAAGAUCUAGCUUCAGUUACGAGAAUUUGAUUAUCAAAUGUGUCACCGUGUUCCUAAGGGCAUGCCCAACGCUACAGGCUGGACGGAUGCCUCAGCUCUCCACGUCGGCUCGGGUGGUCCUCGAUUGCUGUUCGUGCUGCUUGCAGGCUAAAGGGGGGUCUGCAGAGGAGGCCGUCUCCUUCCUGCCAAAAGUGGAGCGAGGCAAAAAAAGAAGAGAGGAAGCUGAAGGAAGCGUGGGGCUGAGAUCUGGUAAAGCAGGAGAGAGAAAUAUGAAUAGUAAAAAAGUUGGCCUGCUGAGGCUAGUGCUGCGUUGGGCAGUGGAUUUUUGGACGGUGGU